AUGGCAACAACAGCCCCCGCUACUACUACAGCUAAUAAUGCGACAGCAGUAAACAAUUCAGCUCCAAAGUACAAGUUUUCUGAUAAUCUUUGGGAUGGAUUUGAUUUAUUAUGUAAAAAGACAGAGAGUGAUUUAUCAUCAUCGAAAAACAUAUUAUUAUUCUUUAAGAAACGUGCAGAGUUGGAAGAUCAACAUGCAAAGAAGCUAGAAAAGCUUGUAUCAAAGCUCAUCAAUGAGCCAGUACCAGAGAUCAACACUGUCAAUAGUGGAUGGAAAAAGAUAGUCAAUGCGACGUUUACAGAGUCUGAGAACCAUACACUACUCAACACCAACACGUUGAACAAGGUAUGUCAACCAUUCCAAGCAAUGAUCAAAGAUAUGGAAAACAAACGCAAAAAGAUUGUAAACGAAGGUGUAAAGUUACGUGCAGACAUGAAGGAAAUGGUUGAUGCUCUCAAGAAAUCACAAGCCAAAUAUGAAAAGGUUAGCAAGGAUUUGGAAAUGACUAAAUUGGAAAUCAAAGAUGCUCGUGAAUUUGCAGACACCAAUCCAGAUACCAUCACAAAACUCGAAAGACGUAGAGAAAGAUUAGAACAAGAACAAGCUGCUUCAGAUGAUGAAUAUAAAGAACAAAUUAAAGCAACAAAUGAUUUUCAACAUUUAUUUAAUGUUGAAAAAUUACCAAAAAUAUUAUCAGAUUUUGAAGGAUUUAUGUUACAACAUACACAUUUAACAAAGACAUAUUGGACAAAUUGGUCAAAUAUAUUAAAAGAACAACCACCACUUUUCCAACAAUCAUAUGAUGGAGUUAGACGUACUGUUGAACAGAUUGACAGUCAAAUCGAUGUUCAAGAAUUUAUUAAAAAGAAUCAAAUGAAAAAGGUUGUCACUUCACCCUACCAAUACGAACCAUACGUAGAAGGUAGACUUGACAAGAAAAAAUCAUCAUUUGCUGGUUUCAAUACAUUAAAAGAUCAAUUCUUUAAAAAGAGAGAUGAUGGAACACCAAAUGGAGCACCAGCAUAUACAUCAAGUGGAAAAUUAGCAGUAAAGGAAGCAAUUCUACCAACAGCUUCAUUUGGUGUAAAUUUGGAAGAAUUGAUGGCCAAACAAAAAGAUACACACCCCAAUUUGGAGGUACCAAGAGCAAUGGUUGUUUUGGCCGAAUCCAUUACCAGUCUCAAGGGACACGUCUCUGAGGGUAUUUUCAGAGUACCUGGUAUUGUCAGUUCGAUCAAGGCAUACAAGUUGCGUAUCGAUCAAGGCAAUUUUGAUUUGUCGGCGAUAGACGAUGUCAGAACACCCGCCGCUCUCUUUAAACAGUGGCUUCGUGAUAUCCCCGAACCCAUCAUCCCAGACACUCUCUACAAGAGUGCUAUUGACAAUCCUGCAGGCUCACUCGAGCUCAUCAAAAAGAUUCCACCCAUCAACCUCAAGGUCUUGACCUACCUCAUUCACUUUGUACAGAUCUUUACAAAGUAUGAGUUUGUUGCACACAGCAAGAUGGGUACCAGCAACAUGGGUAUGAUUUUCGCACCAACCAUUCUCAGAUGUCCAUCCAACGAUCCAAGCGUCUUGCUUCAAAACGUCAACCAUGAAAAGGCAUUUGCCGAAAGUCUCUUUGCCAACUUUCCUCAAUCUGGCGAUUUCCUCGGUCUUCCUGUCAGCAUGAGCGACGCUCUCAAGGACGAAGAUGAUAUUGAAGAAUUACAAAUGGACGAUGAUGAAAGUGGUCCAGAUUCUGAUAAUGAAAUCAUUCAUGACCAAAAUAUUAAUAGUCGACAUAGUCAACAGAUCAUUUAUUCAUCGAGUCAAAAUUAUGAUGAAGAUGACAUUUAUCCACCACCACAAUCAACUACUCCACCACCUCAACAAAGACCCAUUUCAACAUCUUAUACAUCAGUUGAUACAACACCACCAGCAUAUUCAACAACACCAGAACCUUCUCCUUUGAAUGCUAGUAGUGGUUCAACUACACCAGGUUCAUCUUCUCCUGCAACAUCUCCACCCGCACAACCAAGAAAAACAUUUGCAUGGACAAAGGGUGUAUCUAGAAGUGUAACUCCUUCUCAACCUCAAUAA